AUGCCUCUCCGAAUCAUCAUAGUUGGCGCUGGAAUCGCAGGCCUUGCUGCGGCUGUAGGCCUCGCUCGACAUGGCCACAAAGUACAAGUCUUUGAACGAAAGACGACAUGGGAUGAGACUGGGAGUGGAAUACAACUCCAGCCAAAUGUCUCGAAGAUACUUGAAGAAUGGGGCAUGCUGGAAGAAGUCAAGAAAGUCGCCCACGACAACGAGCAGGCGGCGUUGAGGGACCAUCGAUUGGGACUGAUUGCAUACCAUGACUUUACACAGCGAGGUCCGGCGUGGUAUGGACUUCGUCGUGUUCUCAAAGAUCUCUUCCGACAGUUCGCCGCCAAAUACAACGUCGAGAUCCACGAAGGCGUCAACAUCGUCAGCAUCAAUCAAGACCGGCCCUCGAUCAUCCUUGAUGGCGGAGAGGAAAUCUCCGCAGACUUGAUCAUAGGCGCUGAUGGUUCCGGGUCUUUGGUCAGACAAACCUUAUUCCCUUCCUUUCCAGGCCGAAAGAUCCUCGACAAGACCGUCUGGCAAAUCUCCCUUCCAUUGGAUAUCGUCCGCAACGACGAAGUCCUUCAAGGUCUGCUGGAUGGACACCGGAAUGUCAUCACCGUUGCACCAGCGAGGAGUAUCUUCGCCUCUCCAUCUCCAUCACAAAAUACCUAUGAUUUGCAAUUUAUUGACCAUGAAUACACGCAAGCACAAGAUCCCAACCCCGCCGCCUUGACAGAACGAGUGCGGGAUCUCUCUUGGAUCAAGGAAAGAUUCAGCGAUUUCGACCCUGCAACACGAAAAGCACUCGAUCUCGCAGAGAGUGCUUUCAAAUGGCGGCUAGUCGAAGUCUUCGAUCUGCCCUCUUGGUCGAGCAAGAACAGUAAAGUCGUCCUAUUGGGCGAUGCAUGCCAUGCAAUGACCCCUUACUCUGGCCAAGGAACAGCAAUGGGUCUCGAAGACGCCGCUGUUCUAUCCGAGCUACUUGCAGAUAUCCAAACCAGCGAUCUCGGCUCUGCGAUUGAAAUGUAUCAAAAUCUCCGACGACCACGCUGCGACAAAGUCUUCAAUCUCGCACGAGCUUUCGGGACUUCAUGGUCCGCGAAAGAUGCCAGACAAAUCGCCAGGCGGAACGAAGUUUGGAGGAAGGCGUUCGAAGAUAGGGAUCGUCCUGUAAAGGCGGAUGGGAAUGCACCGCCUGGAAGCCCGGCGUUUGGAAUGUGGUUGGAGAAUUAUAAUGUGUUUGAGGCGGUGAGGAUGGAGAAGCAGAAGCGGAAGUCGAAGAUAUGA